AUGAUGUUUUUUAGAAAGAAAAGAUCCAAUAAAAAAUUAAUUAAUUUCCCAGUGCUUCACGUAAAGCCAAAACUACAACAAACCUCAGCAAAUGAAAAUGACUUUAUGGAAGAAGAACGUAUCGUCACGCAAAUAUCACCUUCUGUAUCAACAAAUGAUGAUACAGACAGUCAAGAAAAAGUUGAAGUUGUGUCUACUAUCAGCGAAAACUCCUUAACAAGGUUGGAAAUAGAGCAGGAGCCUAUGAUGGCAGCGGGACAAGAUAACUCAGAUGAACCCACAGAGCCAGUGGCUGUCUUAUCUGAAUAUCAUGAUUCAUCAAUAGAACACACCAAGGAUAAAUCAAGCACAAUUCAAGAUAUGGACAGAUCUCCUUCUGAACAUGUAGUUGAACGCCAAGAAAAGGAAUAUCAAGAAGAACAUCAAGUAAAAGAAGAAAAACAUCAAGUAAAAGAAGAGGAACAUCAAGAGAAGGAAGAAGAACAUCAGGAGGAGGAAGAAGAACAUCAAGAGAAGGAAGAAGAACAUCAAGAGAAGGAAGAAGAACAUCAAGAGAAGAAAGAGGGACAAGAAGAGGAACAACAAGAAAAGGAAGAGAAACAAGAAGAGGAACAUCAAGAAGAAAACAAAGAGGAGCAAGAAGAGAUAACUAUCUGCGAUGAUCGAGAGACAUAUGAUUGUGAGGACAGUAGUGAUCCAGUUAAAGAGGAGGUGAGCAACACAGACAGACAGGAAUCUAUCAGUAACCCAACAAAUGAACAAUAUAAGCCUGAAGAGCAUGAAGAGAACAAAGGUGACAGUAAAUUUGAAGAUCAUGCCAAAGUACGUCAACCUGAAUUGAUGGAUACUCCUAAAAAGAGACACUCUAUGAUGGUCAUACCCAACAGACCAAGCAAUGGUGUCAAGUCGCAGCAAAGAAAAUCACAACAGAGUCAUCCAAGUUACAUACCUGUGUCCGUCAAACGCCUUUCGAUGGUUCGUUUGCCUGUUGAUACACUUGAAGGCUAUUCAUCUGAGUCAAGUACAAGCAGUGCGAGUAGUAGUACACAUAGUCAUCAGAAUGCAUUUGAAAGCAAAAUACCUAAAUUUAUGGAUAAAGCGGAGACCAUCAAGCGUGUGUCGAGUGUUGGAAGUAAAUUACCCAAGAGAAAGAGCUAUGCAGCCCCAGUUCAUUAA